AUGGGAUCAGCACUUCUACUAAAAUAUCCGAAGUUAAGGAUUUGGAAAAGAGGUUUUGCAGAGAUGACCCAUUUACAAGCUGGACUUAGUCCAGAGACCAUAGAGAAAGCCCGCCUGGAACUGAAUGAAAACCCAGACAUUUUGCACCAGGAUAUCCAGCAAGUCAGGGACAUGAUCAUCACGAGGCCUGACAUUGGGUUUUUACGUACAGAUGAUGCCUUCAUCUUAAGGUUUCUCCGAGCCAGAAAGUUUCACCAAACUGAGGCCUUCAGACUGCUGGCUCAGUACUUCCAAUACCGCCAAUUAAAUCUGGAUAUGUUCAAAAACUUCAAGGCUGAUGACCCAGGAAUCAAACGGGCUCUGACAGACGGGUUUCCGGGAGUGCUGGAAAAUCGUGACCACUGUGGCAGGAAGAUUCUUCUGCUUUUUGCAGCCAACUGGGAUCAGAGUAGGAACUCCUUCAUAGAUAUCCUUCGGGCUAUUCUGCUUUCCUUGGAAGUGCUCAUUGAGGAUCAGGAGCUUCAGAUAAAUGGCUUCAUUCUAAUUAUAGACUGGAGCAAUUUCUCCUUCAAGCAAGCCUCCAAGCUUACACCAUCUAUCCUCAAACUGGCCAUUGAAGGGUUACAGGACAGCUUUCCUGCACGUUUUGGAGGAGUCCAUUUUGUCAAUCAGCCCUGGUACAUCCAUGCCCUGUACACGCUAAUCAAACCAUUCCUCAAAGACAAGACAAGGAAAAGGAUCUUUCUUCACGGCAACAACCUGAACAGCCUUCACCAGCUAAUACACCCCGAAUGCCUGCCCUCUGAAUUUGGGGGGACUCUGCCUCCCUAUGACAUGGGGACGUGGGCUCGAACGCUGCUGGGUCCCGACUACAGCGACGAGAACGAGUACACCCACACCUCCUACAACGCCAUGCACGUCAAGCACGCCUCCUCCAACCUGGAGCGGGAGGCCUCGCCCAAGCCCAUGAAAAGGUCCCAGUCUGUGGUGGAAGCCGGCACGCUGAAACACGAAGACCAGGGGGAAAGUGAGAACACCCAGCCACUGCUGGCUCUGGACUGAGCUCUCAGGAGCCCCAGGGAGAUCCAGGAACAGACCUCCACCAUGGCAGAACCCCACGGAGCACACCACACACAGACACACGCACGCACACACGCGUUCCGCCCGAUAACAAGUCCUUCGUGUUUCCUGAGCAGUAACAGCUGUCACCAGCCAUCUGUCCCCAGGGAUGGUGCUGAACAAGAUCUGAGAAACUUCUACUGACACAGCAGUCUGUCC